GAUGUCAGCAAAGAAAGGCCAACUAUUAACGUAACCCACAAGUGAAUGAUAAAAAAUAACUUGAGGAGAAUCUAUGACUACGCGUACACGGGGAUAUGGGAUUGCCCAUACGUGUGAAUUAAUUUUUCAUGUCCUUAAAGUACUGAAAUGCCUCCUAUAGUGCAGAACUGGAGCAGUCCCAUUAGCGACCAUCUGCUCCACUUGGUUAACUGUACCAAGGCAGUGGUGCAUUCUCGACUGUAGAUUGAAACACAAGUGGAGGAUGUUGCAGACCGCUCUACCCCUCCCACACCGCCUGUGUCCAGACCUAGCGCCUCUCCGCUGCAUCUGAGUGAUGAGAGACCGUGCAGGCUGAACACACCCUACCCUCAGACGGGACACACCUGGGGAGAGGUCAUAUCAGAGCGGGACUUAAAUCGACAUGGCACGUUUAAACAGACAACAGUGAUAUUUCUGCGGUCUGCGUGGAAGAAAAUACUGGAAUGACCUGUGCGCCGAGGAAAACAAUGACGGACGACGUAAAUAUUUACAUGCCCUUGUUCACAGCAGUACUGCUCGCCGUCGACUAAACUCACACGGAAACCUACAUCGUGUGUGUAUGAGAGACUGCGGAGGAACUGCGAUGUUUAUACGUACAAACAACGACUGAGAUAAAAACACAGACGGGAAACGAACCACCCUGCCGUAAGAUCGUGCUAGGAUUCUGUUGAACCGGACGGUGAGAGUUAGUUUCUGGAGGUUUGCGGGACUGUCAUGCCGCAGGCUUCAUCAGAUCUAUUCCCCACCUGAGGGAAUCGAUGAUUACUGGUGUAUCGGCAGAAAAUAUUAUGACAUAACUGGACUGAAAUACAAGAAGUUUGGAAUGAAACACGCAGUGUUUUAAAUGUUUUGCCGCCUUGUAAAAUUCCAAAAUAAUUUUGUGCGUGCAAACGGAGGAUUCUAAAGAAUAAACAACUGACGAGUCAGCUGUGAAUUAUAUAAAAUUUCAACGUUUUGUAAACUUCAGUUUUGGUUGGAAAUUGGAUGAGAAAUGUACGCAGUGGAGUCAACUUUUUAAGUAAUUUUUUGAGCGUGAUCAUAUCGCGGAACUCAAACGGUCAUUUUGCGCUCCUUGUUCGGUUAAAGACGUUUUAAACAGAACAAAACUAUGUUUGUGAGAUAUUUGUGAUGUGUUUAAACACGAUAAUGUGAUAAAUAACGACAAUACAGUGUUUUAUUGAUGCACCGCCCGAUACAAACAUCGAUUAGCAGCUGUUGCUAUGGUUACUUACGCAGAAGCGAUUUCUGUUCGCGUCCGUAAAUUUUGUAUGAACUGAAACGUUAUUCGCACGCUUCUGAAACAUAAAUGAUUAUGUUUAAAUACAUUUCUAAAAUUCAUGCCUUAAUUAGGGGGUCGUACACCCCCCAAACAUCCCCCAUAUUUCACACCCUUUGAAUGAGCAAUUUGUGAAAAAGAUUUUACUGAAAUGCCAUUCGAUGCAAGUUCUUGUAAUUUUAAUAUAUAAAUUCACAUCUUAAUGUAAUUCAGAUUAGAGAUGGCAGGUGGAAGGUGAGCAGAAGGACUUUUAAAACACUGUUCUCCAAUAAACUUAAUAGGAACACUAAGGCUUAUUUCUUAUUUUCAUUUGUUUCUUAAAAAUUUUAAUCUCACGUUCAAAUUAAAAUACUUUUAAUAGUUAAAUGUGAGUUCAUUUUGAAAGUAUGUCCAGUCUGAAGGCCCUUUUCCAGACUGAGACUCUAUAACCAAACAUGGGAGCGAAGCAAACGAAGGCCACGGGACAGGAGGCAGGAGCGAGUCCUCAGAGCACAGGAUGGAAACGGACCCCGACGAAAGAGCGAGGAGACAUCCUUACUUCCAUCAUGUUGAGGUCAGGAGACAAACUGAGGAGCGGCGGGACUCCUCCACCCUACCAGCGGCGCAUCGGGAUGAUACAAGAGAUGAUGCUGAAGGCAAAGCAGGGGAAACACGACGAGGCGACAGAGAUGCUGAAGACUCUCCGGCAGGAUCUGGGAAUGGAGUCAACCUCUCUGGACGAUGUUCUCUACCGCUAUGCCAGUUUCCGCAACCUGGUGGAUCCCAUUACCCAUGACCUCAUUAUCAGCCUGGCCAAAUAUAUUCACUGCCCAAAGACGGAGGGAGAUGCUUUGGGUGCCAUGGAGAAGGUGUGCCGUCAGCUGACCUAUCACCUGAGCCCACACACCCAGUGGAGACGGCAGGGGCUGCUGAAGAGGAAGCCACAGGCCUGUCUGAAGUCAGUUCUUUCAAGCCCUCCCUCCAGUGGGACGUUAGAUCUGUCUGGCAUCCCUCUUGGAGUGAAAGACAUGGAGCGUCUCUGUGCCUACCUGCAUCACCACGCGUCCCGCAUCGGCAGCCUUGAGCUGGGCUUCACCGAGCUCACAGACGAUGCCUUCCUUCUGCUCCUCCCUACGCUGACGUCUCUUCCCCGCCUUGAGACUAUGGCCCUCAAUGGCAACAGGCUGACCCGUGCCGUGCUCAAAGAGCUCACAGACAUACUGAAAGACCCAGACAGCUUCCCCAGCGUCACCUGGAUCGACCUGGGGAACAAUGUGGACAUUUUCUCCCUCCCUCAACCAUUUCUGUUGAGCCUGCGCAAGCGCUGCCCCAAACAGGGCAACCUUCCCACCAUCCUUGAGUUCGGCGAGAGUCAGGCUAGCGAGCCGGAGGGCCGAGUGGAUGAGGACGAAGCAGAUGAUAUAAACAGGACUGAGAGUAUGGGAGAACUCAGAUCUGAGGUAGAAGAAGCGAUUGAUGGUGAGAUGGAGAUCGAGGACAUGAUGGAGGAGUUGCUUGACUUUGACAGGGAGGUGCAAGGCAAGGAGGAUGAAGACGACAGUAUGUGGACCUUGGAGGAGCAGCGGCUGGUAAAAGAUCCAGUUGGAAAGCGGAGCAAAGAGAAAAGGCCAUCCAAAGCAGAGGGCGAAGAGGACUUACAAAGCGAGUCUUCCCAUCUGUCCUGCUCCAGCCAGUCACAGCACUCUUCUGGAGCCAUCGAGCCUCUAAGACAAGAUUCUGUCCCAGACCAAUUAGCGUGUCAUUCGAACAACCCUACCUGAUUGAAGCCACUGUCUAAUUUGAUUAGAUGCUGGUCCCUUUAAGAAAAAAAGAAAGCGUGACAGGCUUGUUUUCAGACUGGGUUGUCCAUGAAGACAUGAUAAGAUUUAUAGGGUUGGCACUCACAGCAGUUGUCUGUUGCUGCAAAGGAGAAAUUAAUCACUUGUGAGGUAAAAAAAAAAAAUCAAAUAUAGCUUCUGAUUCAGGUUUUUCCCUUCACUGUCAUGAUCCAGUCGCAAAGCAAAUAGCAGAGGUUGAAGAGGAUGUCCAAAGCCAGUCAUCCUCCACCCCUUCACAGCAUGCUUCUGGAGCCUUUAAGAAAAGAUUUUGUCCUAGACCAGUUAGCAUGUCAUUCAGACAACCCGACCUGAUUGAAAACACUAAGAGUCUAUAACCUUCAUCCCUUUAAGAAAAAAGAGAAUGGGUUGUUUUCAGACUGACUUACCUAUGAACUCAUGAGAUUCAGCAGGUUUAAUAGGGUUGAUGGCUGCUGCCUGUUUUUGCAAAGAAAAAAAUAUUAUAAAAAAUAUCAAACAUUCCCUCUUAUUCAGGUUUUCUUAUUCAGUGUCUUAAAAAUGUUUAAUAUAAAGUCACAAAGUGGAGCAAAGAGAAGGCGGCAUCCCAAUCCAGUCUUCCCAUCUGUCUUGCUCCAACCAGUCACAGCACUCCUCUGGACCCAUCGAACCUUUAAAAGAAGUCCUUCUCCCAAAACAGUUAGCAUGUCAUUCAGAGAACGCUGCUUGAUGGAAGCCACUGUCUAAUUUAAUUAGUGUCUGUAAACUUCAUCCCUUUAAGAAAAAGAGAAAGCAUGACGGGCUUAUUUUCAGACAGGAGGAGUCAUGGGAUUCAGCAGUUUUUAUAGGGUUGACAAUCACAGUUGUCUGUUGUUGCAAAGGAGAAAUGAUCACUUGUGAGGUACAAAAAUAUCAAAUAUACAUUCAGGUUUUCCCCAGCACUGUCAUAACCAUGAACCUCUCUGUGCCUAUGUGUCUGUUCAAACCCUGCUGAAAGGAACAUUGUGUGUGUGUGUGUGUGUGUGUGUGUGUGUGUGUGUGUGUGUGUGUGUGUACA